UGCCUCCCUUGGAUGUUAUCUCCGCGGUUCUCAGUGCCGUCCCCCGAUAGGAAUUGCUCCUUUGCACUCAGGAUGUGGAAAUUGGGGCGGCAGAUGAAAGAAGAGUGGGUAUGAACCUGUUAAGUGAAUAGUGCGGCCAGGACAAGGAUUUCUGGAAAGCGCAGCCUGCUCCAAUCGCCUUGUGGAGAUUGGUGAAAGUGUUAGAGGAGAAGAUGUGUACAUUAUCCAAAGUGGUUGUGGAGAAAUAAAUGACAACUUGAUGGAGCUUCUUAUCAUGAUCAAUGCUUGCAAAAUUGCAUCAUCUUCCCGUGUGACUGCAGUAAUUCCAUGUUUUCCUUAUGCCAGGCAAGAUAAGAAAGAUAAGAGCAGGGCUCCCAUUUCUGCAAAACUUGUUGCCAACAUGUUAUCAGUUGCUGGAGCAGACCACAUUAUCACUAUGGAUUUGCAUGCUUCCCAGAUCCAGGGCUUCUUUGAUAUCCCUGUGGACAACCUGUAUGCAGAACCAGCUGUAUUACAAUGGAUCAAAGAAAACAUUGUGGACUGGAGAAACUGUGUCAUUGUGUCUCCCGAUGCAGGUGGAGCAAAAAGGGUCACUUCAAUUGCAGACAGGCUUAAUGUGGAAUUUGCCCUGAUUCACAAAGAAAGAAAGAAAGCCAAUGAAGUGGACCGAAUGGUCUUGGUUGGGGAUGUGACUGAUCGCGUAGCAAUUCUUGUGGAUGACAUGGCAGACACAUGUGGCACAAUAUGUCACGCAGCUGACAAGCUGGUUUCUGCAGGGGCAACUAAAGUUUAUGCAAUUCUCACUCAUGGGAUCUUUUCUGGCCCUGCUAUUUCUCGGAUCAAUAAUGCUGCAUUUGAAGCUGUUGUUGUAACUAAUACAAUCCCACAGGAGGAGAAAAUGAAACAUUGUCCUAAGAUCCAGGUUAUUGAUAUUUCUAUGAUUCUGGCUGAGGCAAUCAGAAGAACACACAAUGGUGAAUCUGUAUCCUACCUGUUCAGCCAUGUGCCCUUAUAACUUCAAAUCAAGAUUUCAAUCUAUGUUUAGGAGCGCUACAAUGAAGAACACAAUUCAAUAUUAAGAUAAUAUCUUGGAAAGCUUUAGAUUGACUAUGCAUUUCCUACUUCUAACAUGGACAAUAAGUAAAAUGGGCAACACUGUUUUAAUUGGUUGCAAAUUUACAAACUUUGUGUUUUAAAAGAGGACACUAUAAUAGUUGCCAUGAUUUAUAUUGAUGACUACCACAUGAAAAAUAUCAUAUUUUCCAAAAGCCAUAGAUGUAUUUACAACAUUUGCUUAUAGACUUCAGACAUUUAGAUAAAUUGUUCAGAUUGAUCCCUUUUGCGGGGAGAGGUAAUCUAGGCUACAGAUUUUUUAUGGGAACAUGGUAAUCAUUUUACCUCUCUUGAAAUUAGACUUGGAGUAAUUAUUAACUCCAUGUCCUCUCAUCCAAAGAAUCUUUUGUUUCAGAGCUUUGUUCAAAAUAAUAGGAUCUCAACAUACAGCAUUGUUUGUCUUGAGUUAUUGAAUUAUGUUUAACAUUUCAGAUCUUUCUAACACAAUUAAAUGAAGUAAGUCAAAUU